UGAGCGUCAGUUGAAAAGUCUUUCGCUAUAAAAUCGGAAACCCUAAAGAGGGUUUUCCCUCUACCGGGCGAGAAGCGGCGUCGCUCGAUCUGCAACGAAAAUGGUAAAGUACUCGAGGGAACCCGAUAACCCUACCAAAGCAUGCAAAGCGAGGGGUUCGGAUCUCCGGGUUCACUUUAAGAAUACCCGUGAGACUGCCUUUGCAAUAAGGAAGAUGCCUUUGGCCAAGGCUAAGAGGUACCUUGAGGAUGUUAUUGCCCACAAACAAGCCAUUCCAUUCAGGCGCUUCUGUGGUGGUGUUGGGCGUACUGGUCAAGUGAAGCUUCGUCAUUCCAAUGGGCAAGGGCGUUGGCCUGCAAAAUCGGCCAAAUUUAUCUUGAACUUGCUGAAGAGUGCUGAAAGCAAUGCUGAUGUGAAAGGUUUGGAUGUUGACCAACUAUAUAUUUCUCAUAUCCAAGUUAACCAGGCCGCGAAGCAGAGAAGGCGUACUUACCGUGCACAUGGACGAAUAAACCCUUACAUGUCCUCACCUUGUCACAUCGAGUUGAUUUUGUCGGAGAAAGAGGAACCUGUCAAGAAAGAGGCCGAGACUCAGGUUGCCCCAAGGAAGAGCAAGAAAAAUCAAGUUAUCCGAAGUGGAGCCUCAUCUUAAGUAGCAUUGGAGAGCAAAUCCUUUUUUGUCUCUACCAAUCACGGAUCCUGAAAAUUUUCCCCACAUGAAUUCUUAGUUUUUGGGCUAUUGCCCGUGGUUCCUUCCGUUUUGAUGUGCCCUAUUUAGAUGUUUUCUUCUCCUCUGAACUUCAUUUUUGGACACCUUCGGAUGUUUAGGUCGUUAUAUGACAACCUGCAUUAGACCGGUCA